UGGGUGAAUGAAUGGAAAUGAUAAGUAGGUUAGACGUCAUUAACAUCAGGUCACUGUCGUGUUUCUAAAACUUCAUCAUCUCCUCUCAAGCAACUUUACAGUCUCUCUUUCUCUCUUUGUUUAUGUGCAGAACAUGUUCUCCUGUGUCCUGCUCCUUGUCUGUAUCUGUGUGUCCUCGUCCUCAUGCUGUCGCACGGCUCCCAUAACGGAGUGUGCGGACCCUCCUUUCGUGCCGGGUCACAACCUGGUGGGCGAGGGCUUCGACAUCGUGCGCAUGAAGACCACAGGAGCGUUUGUGGUGAAUGUGCAGGACUACAUCACCGGUGGUGUGCAUGGAAACUGCACCAUCUGUAAGAACUCUUUGCUGGGCCGAGAGGAGAAGCUUCCAUCCGCCGUCACCGACUGGCGCGUGAAGGUCAACUGCAAACGCAGCAUUAGUGCUCAAGUGUUCGAGUCCACCAGCUCCGUACUGAAGGAGAGCACCAGCUCCACCUCGGUGGGAUGGAAGGUGGGUCUCGGGCUGCCCAUGGUGGCUGGUGUCGCUGUCGGGGGGACGCACUCCAAAUCCGCCACCUUUGCACGAUCUCACGCCUCCCAGGACAAGUUCUUCUACACCAGUCACAAGUUCUCCUGCCGCUACUACACUCUCAGAGUAAAGGCACAUCCUCCUCUGUCUAAAGAAUUCCAGAACUCGGUGAAAUCUCUCCCUGUGGUGUAUAACAGUCAGUCGGAAUCCGUUUACCAUCACUUCAUCUCGGUCUAUGGGACUCACUACCUCCGCAGGGUGAAUUUGGGAGGUCGUAUUAAGUCCACCACAGCUGUGAGGACCUGCCAGGUGUCCUUGAAGGGUCUCUCAGUACGGGAUGUCAGUAACUGUCUUUCCGCCGAAGCAUCGGCUGUGAUCAAGGGGAUCGAGGUAAAAGGCCAGACCAGUUACUGCAAAAGCAAGGGCAAGAAACUGGAAAACCAAAAGGGCUUUAGCGCUUCAUUUUCUGAUCGCGUUACGGAGGUUUGGGGAGGAAAAGGAGCCAGCGCAGAUCUCCUGUUCUCCCCAGAUAAACAGCAUGGAUACCACAUGUGGUUGAAGACGCUGCAAUCGGUCCCGGGAGUCGUGUCCUACAGUCUGACGGCACUGCACAUGCUGGUGAUGAACGACUCGGCCAGGAGAGCUGCUCUACAGAAGGCCAUCCGUGAGUACGUGAUGAAGAAUGCCGUGUCCUCGUCCUGUUCCCGCGCGUGUAAAGUGGGACAUCGUGGUCCAGACUGUGCGUGCAAAUGCGGCGGACAUCAAAGCAUCAACUCUAACUGCUGCCCGACUCACCCUGGAAUCGCCACCCUGAAUGUCACAGUGGUACGAGCCACCGGCCUCUGGGGGGAUUACUUCUCCAAAACCGACGGCUACGUCAAAGUGUUCUAUAAGAAUAAUGGUGAAAGCACACCUGUAAUCUGGAAUAAUGAUUUCCCAGUCUGGAAUUAUUUAGUUCAAUUUGGAAGCGUGAAUCUGGAAGAGAAGAAGCCUGUAAUCUUCCAGGUAUGGGAUCGUGAUAACAAGUGGGAUGAUAAUCUUCUGGGCUCAUUUAAUGUUUUUCCUAAAAGUGGUGUUAAUGUGAAUCACCAACUCAAACUGAAACAUGGCACGCUCUACGUCUCCAUCUCUGCUGUCUGUGGUCCCAGUCUUCAGGGUGCAGUGUGUGAGCGCUAUGCCCCUUCACCUGAAGCAGAGGAGAUACUCACCUACUCCGAGCUUUUCCAGAACCGACAUCAGACAUGGAUCGGGCGAAACUAUGACACCGGCAUGGCGAAGAACAUCACCAGGCUGUAGAGAGGAGAGAGAAAAAGAGAGAGAGUUUACUGCUCAUCAACAUACAGCUUAAUCUCAAUCGCAACAUUACAACAUUACAUCAUCACACCACCACAUCAUCACACCACCACCAUCACAUCAUCACAUCACAUCACCACACCAUUACAUUAUCACAUCACCACACCACCACAUCAUUACAC